AUGUCGAUAAUCUUUCGAAUAAAAGGAUUCAAUUUUAAUUUAUCAUCUUCAUCGAAAAAUAGUUCUGAUCAAUGUUCACCAGCGGCAAAACAAGAAGAAUCAAUCGAUACAUGGAAUGAAAAAAAUCGUCGGAAUGAUAAUGUUUUUCAUCCAGCUAAAUUUAAACAAACAUAUCAAUCAGAAAAUGAUUUUGCAAAUAAUCAUAAUCAUAAGACAUAUAAUGAAUUUUCAACAAAACCAUUUUAUUUAAAUUGUUAUCAUAGUUAUCGUCCUCUACCAAAACAAUCACUUAAUACAGAUCAACAACUAAAUAUUUGA